AUGGCCCCAACCAAAAAGGGUGAAAAGAAGAAAGGGCGUUCUGCCAUCAACGAGGUGGUGACCAGAGAGUACACCAUCAAUAUACACAAGCGUAUCCAUGGAGUGGGAUUCAAGAAGAGGGCCCCCCGCGCCAUCAAUGAAAUCCGCAAGUUUGCAGUGAAAGAGAUGGGAACACCCGAUGUCCGUAUUGACACUCGCCUCAACAAGGCAGUGUGGAGCAAGGGGAUCAGGAACGUGCCGUACAGAAUACGUGUUCGACUGUCCAGGAAACGAAAUGAGGAUGAGGAUUCCCCCAACAAACUGUACACCCUGGUGACAUAUGUUCCAGUCACCACAUGCAAAGGUCUGCAGACAGUCAAUGUUGAUGAAAACUAA